UCACAACUCUUCAAGAAGCCACACGCCAGCACGCUCCUCUGCAGUGAUCACAUGAAAGCCAGGGUGAGAGGAUACUGUAGCCUGUAGUCCACCGGUGUGGUUUCUCAAGUCGUAUCCGACGCACAGGACUCUUCACAGAGAAGUUGUAAUGUUUCUGACAUGAACAAGCUACACCGAUGUAGGAGGGAUGAAUGCCGGCGUUGCUUUUCCCCCAUCGGUGCACCCGUGGAGUAAAAACCCCUCCAAGGCCUGCCUCAACCCCACAGACUCUGACGCUGCUGCAUGGAUCUUCCCUUCACUUCUCCCUGUUCAAAACUCCUGCCUUCCUUCCUGUGAGAAAAUGUAUUCCUGUGAUCCUGACCCCUACCUGGACUCACAACACACAGAGGCCCAAAUAGACUUCUUCCACAAGCUGGGCUACUCCACGGCUCAGGUCCGGUCCAUUCGGCAGAAGUUUGGCCCCAACGUAGACACAGAUAAAAUUCUCGGACAGCUGGUACAGAUCGGGCCCAGUCAGGAAGCCAAACAGGGGCCGGUGACCACGAUGUCGGUGCUGCUGCCCAAAGGAGACGUCCAGCAGUUACAGGGUCCCACCAUGCAACUGCCUGUUAGUGCGGCGUCCACACAGAGCAGAGACGAGAGCAGUGAGGAUGAAGACGCCCUGAGACCCAUCGUUAUAGAUGGUAGCAACGUGGCCAUGAGCCACGGCAACAAGGAAGUAUUCUCGUGUCUGGGAAUCCAGUUGGCAGUGAACUACUUCUUGGACCGAGGCCACACUGAAGUCACUGUGUUUGUUCCCUCGUGGAGGAAAGAACAACCUCGGCCAGAUGUUCCCAUCACAGAUCAGCACAUUCUGCGUGACCUGGAGAGGAGGAAGAUCCUGGUGUUCACGCCGUCCAGGCGUGUCGCGGGCAAACGAGUGGUCUGCAAUGAUGACUGCUUCAUUGUCAAGCAUGGCUACGAGUCUGACGGCAUCAUCGUGUCCAACGACAUGUACCGUGACCUUCAGGGAGAGAAGCCCAAGUGGAAGCGCUUCAUUGAGGAGAGGCUGCUGAUGUACUCCUUCGUUAACAAUAAGUUCAUGCCACCUGAUGAUCCUCUUGGCCGACAUGGUCCGACUCUGGAGAACUUCCUGCGGAAGUUUCCGAAGACUCAGAAAAAACAUCUGUGCCCUUAUGGAAAGAAAUGUACUUAUGGAAUCAAAUGUAAAUUCCACCAUCCUGAGCGAGCCAAACAGUCCAAUCGAUUGGUUGCCGAUGAGCUUCGUGAGAAUGCUAAGCAUCCCUCAGCCGCUCAGAAACAACCCUCCACGUGCUCCAGUCCUGUGCCUGGACAGAGCCUCCUGCUGGUCGAGGACAUGGCCAAGAAACUCACUCUGGGACACGAGAGCAGCUCAGUAAAGAAAGAACAUAAAAAUGAACAGGGGAAGACAAGCCAUCGCUCGAGCAAGAAAGUCACAUCCAAGAAGGAGAAGUCCGGCCAACGCUCCACUCCCUCUGAGCAUGACUCAGUGCGGCAAAGUGAAUCUCAUGAGCAGCUUGACUCUGGUUUAGGCUCCAUAGACAGUCAGCAAAUGGAGGCUCCCUGGAGUCAAUGUGAUUACCAGUAUGGGCCGAAAUACAGGAACUGCCAGCAUGUAUGCAAUGUACGACAGCAGUGCUGCCCUCCAAGAAGUGCGCCAUGUAGCUGCUGCUCUUAUGGUCCUCCCUCUUUGGGGAUUGCACCAGAUUUCCAGCACCACCCCCAACAUCACAAAAUGGGGCCCCUGAGCAGCCACAGCCCUGACGUAAUACCCCACAAUCUGCCCCAUUACCAUGGCUACGGCGCGUACCCAGUCAGCGUACCUGCUGCAUACAGUCAGCCAGCAGAUUUCCAGCACACCAGAGUCCACAAACACCAGCAGCAGACGUACUGGUCCGAUCCCUUCGGUGGUCACCAUCCGGUGGUACACGGCCUGCCGGGGAAGCACUUACCGCGGGAGCUUCUGCAACCGGGCCCCAGUAGAGAGGAGAGGGAGGUCGUCCGGAAAAAGCUCCUGGCCAUCUUCAGUGUCCACCUGGUGCACAUGGCCAUGGACAUGUUCCCACAGGUGAUGGAUCCACAGGUGCUUGUCGCCGAGAUCCUCAUGCUGCAGAGUAAAAACCCGUCACUCAGGUGAUCCGAGUCCAGCCUGCAGCCACUUCCUUCAGGGGAAGGAAGAGACAUGAGGCUGCAAGAAACCGUGAUAAACAUGAGUUUGUGUCAUUUUGUAUUGUGGUAUCCACCUUUUUAUUAUAAACUGUAACUGCAGUUGAUACAAAU